GGCGGAGGAUUCAACCUGAAGCCGGGAAAAGUUUGAGACGUUUUUCAUCCUGAGAAUAUAAACUUUAGACAUUAAACACUUUUAUAAAAGCUUUUAUCUUCACCGACAGAGAGGAUUUAAACGACUUUUAUUCAGUGGCGGGAAGAAGAGGAAGAGCCAACAUGGCGGAGUCAGGAGGACAGAGUCGCUAUGAGCGUCUGACCGCAGAGCAGAUGGACGAGCAGAGGAUUCAGAGCGAGGCGUAUCAGUACCUGUGCAGGUUGGAGGAGGCUAAGAGGUGGAUGGAGGCAUGUCUGGGGGAGGAGCUACCUGCUCCCACUGAGAUGGAGGAGGCGCUGAGGAAUGGAGUUAUCCUCGCCAAACUGGGUCAUCGAUUCGCACCGAACGCCGUCAGUGUGAAGAAGAUCUAUGACCCCGAGCAGCUGCGCUACAACGCCGUGGGGCUUCAGUUUCGCCAUACUGACAACAUCAACCACUGGAGGAACGCUUUGACAUCUCUCGGACUGCCAACGAUCUUCCAUCCUGAAACUACAGACGUUUACGACAAGAAGAACAUGCCACGAGCUGUUUACUGCAUCCACGCUCUCAGUCUGUUUCUGUACAGACGGGGUUUGGCUCCACAGAUUCAGGACUUGUUUGGAAAAGUCAAAUUCACAGAGGAGGAGAUCAACAACAUGAAGAUGGAGUUGGAUAAAUACGGGAUCCAGAUGCCGGCGUUCAACAAGAUUGGAGGAAUUCUGGCCAAUGAGCUGUCAGUGGACGAGGCUGCAGUCCAUGCGGCGGUGAUAGCCAUUAACGAGGCGGUGGACAGUGGGCGUGUGGAGGUGACGGUAGAGGCUCUGAAGAACCCUAACGCACUCCUCACUGACCUGCAGGAGGCGCUGAUGAGCGUCUACCAGGAGAUGCUGCAUCAGGCCAGAAGAAGAAAAGAGGAGCAGGCAGCCCGCAGGGGCGGAGGUUCAGAGGAGAAGGAUAUCUACGAGGAGUUUCUGACUCAGAAGGAGAUCCAGAAGAAUAUCGACAUAGUGAACAUUCGCUCAGCAGUGGAGCACGUGGAUGAAGCUUUGGAUUCUUCGGAUGAACUCGCUCUGCUCGCCGCUCUGCAGCUGCCAUGUUUGUUCCUCAGGGGCCUCCGUACUGACAACGGGCCCUGGUACCUGGAUCAGCUGUUUGCAGACCGCCAGCAGAAGGCUCGGGAUCAGGGCUCUGUGGAUCCUCUGGAGCCUGACGAGCUGCAGGAAGGAGUGACCACCGCCAACCAGGACGCCACGAGAGCCAGAAACAUGCAUGCAGCGGAGCAGUGUGUGAAUACAUCUCUACGUGGCAAUGACCCCCGACACACAGUAAGCUGUCUGAUGACCUCUGACCUUCAGCUACCUGACGUGUUUCCGUUUGCUGCAAGUCUUUAUCACCGAGAGCUGCAGCUGCUGCAGAGACGCAGCCCACAGGUACACCUGCACACUCACCUGACAGACAGACCCCAGG